CUUCCACUUGUGCGGCGGCGUCCAGGGCGUCCGUCCUGUCCCAUCAGUCCUAACCUGUUCCACCCUGACUGCACGACCCAGAGCUGCCGUCGCCGGCACCGCCACCAGACAUGAUGGGAAGUCCUCGUCCAGACGUGGGCCGCUGGGGCGGGAGCCCCUGGCAGCCCCCCGCCACACCGUCCCCAGAGCCGGAGCCAGACACGCGGUCACGCAGAGGGGGCCGCUCCUUCUGGGCUCGCUGCUGUGGCUGCUGCUCCUGCCGGAGUGGGGCAGAUGACGACUGGGAGCCCCGCGGAGGUGGAGGGUCCAGUUCUGGGGGCCGAAGAAGACCCGACUCCCGGAGCUCAGGUUCCCGCCGACCUAUCUCCCGGGGCAGCGGCGUGAACGCAGCUGGAGACGGGGUGAUCCGAGAGGGCAUGCUGGUGGUGACCGGGGUGGACCUGCUGAGUUCACGCUCGGACCAGAACCGCCGAGAGCACCACACAGACGAGUUCGAGUACGACGAGCUGAUCCUGCGCCGCGGGCAGCCUUUCCACAUGGUCCUCUUCCUGUCUCGGCCCUAUGAGUCCUCUGACCGUAUCACCCUGGAACUGCACAUUGGAAACAACCCCGAAGUGGGCAAGGGCACCCAUGUGAUCAUCCCAGUGGGCAAAGGGGGCAGCGGCGGCUGGAAGGCCCAGGUGACCAAGUCCAGUGGGCAGAACCUGAACCUACGCGUCCACACCUCCCCCAGUGCCAUCAUCGGCAAGUUUCAGUUCACAGUUCGCACACACUCGGAGGCUGGCGAGUUCCUGUUGCCCUUCGACCCCAGCAAUGAGAUAUACAUCCUCUUCAACCCCUGGUGCUCAGAGGACAUGGUGUAUGUGGAACGCGAGGACUGGCGGCAGGAGUAUGUGCUUAAUGAGUCUGGGAGAAUUUACUAUGGGACCGAAGCACAGAUUGGCGAACGGACGUGGAACUAUGGCCAGUUUGACCAUGGGGUGCUGGAUGCCUGCCUGUACAUCCUGGACCGGCGGGGCAUGCCAUAUGGCGGCCGUGGGGACCCAGUCAGCGUCUCCCGGGUCAUCUCUGCCAUGGUGAACUCCUUGGAUGACAAUGGGGUCCUGAUUGGGAACUGGUCUGGUGAUUACUCCCGAGGCACCAACCCAUCAGCGUGGGUGGGCAGCGUGGAGAUCCUGCUCAGCUACCUACGCACGGGCUAUUCUGUCCCUUAUGGCCAGUGCUGGGUCUUCGCCGGUGUGACUACCACAGUUUUGCGAUGCUUGGGCCUGGCCACCCGUACCGUCACCAACUUCAACUCCGCGCAUGACACGGACACUUCCCUCACCAUGGACAUCUACUUCGAUGAGAACAUGAAACCUCUAGAGCACCUGAACCAUGACUCUGUCUGGAACUUCCACGUGUGGAACGACUGCUGGAUGAAGAGGCCGGACCUGCCCUCGGGCUUCACCGGGUGGCAGGUUGUGGACGCCACACCGCAGGAGACCAGCAGCGGCAUCUUCUGCUGCGGCCCCUGCUCUGUGGAGUCCAUCAAAAACGGCCUGGUCUACAUGAAGUACGACACGCCCUUCAUCUUCGCCGAGGUAAACAGUGACAAGGUUUACUGGCAGCGACAGGACGAUGGCAGCUUCAAGAUCGUGUACGUGGAGGAGAAGGCCAUCGGCACGCUCAUCGUCACAAAGGCCAUCGGCUCCAACAUGCGGGAGGAUAUCACCCACAUCUACAAGCACCCAGAAGGCUCAGAAGCAGAGCGGAAGGCAGUGGAAACGGCAGCCGCCCACGGCAGCAAACCCAACGUGUACGCCACCCGGGACUCGGCCGACGAUGUGACGAUACAGGUGGAGGCCCAGGACGCAGCGAUGGGGCAGGACCUGACGAUCGGUGUGGUGCUGACCAACCGCAGCAGCAGCAGCAGCCGAACUGUGAAGCUCCACCUCUACCUCUCAGUCACCUUCUACACCGGGGUCACCGGGUCCACCUUCAAGGAGAGCAAGGAGGAAGUGGUGCUGGCCCCGGGGGCCUCGGAACGUGUGACCAUGCCUGUGGCCUACAAGGAAUACCGGCCCCACCUCGUGGACCAGGGGGCCAUGCUGCUCAAUGUCUCAGGUCACGUCAAGGAGAACGGCCAGGUGCUGGCCAAGCAGCACACCUUCCGUCUGCGCACCCCGGACCUCUCCCUCACGUUAUUGGGAGCGGCUGUGGUCGGCCAGGAAUGCGAAGUACAGAUUGUUUUCAAGAACCCGCUGCCUGUCACCCUCACCAACGUUGUCUUCCGGCUCGAGGGCUCCGGGUUACAGAGGCCCAAGAUCCUCAACGUGGGGGACAUUGGGGGCAACGAGACGGUGACACUGCGCCAGACGUUCGUACCUGUGCGACCUGGCCCCCGACAGCUCAUUGCCAGCUUGGACAGCCCACAGCUCUCGCAGGUGCAUGGCGUCAUCCAGGUGGACGUGGCCCCAGCUUCCGGGAGUGGGGGCUUCUUCUCAGGCACUGGAGACAACAGUCGCGCCGAGGAAAGCAUUCCUAUGGCUUCUCGAGGUGGGGCUUAGCCCUGGGCCAGGAGCAACAGGACUGGAGUCAGAUGAACAAGGACACCGCCUCGAUGAGACAGG